AUGAUCGCCUCUAACCCCCUCAAUCUGGACCUCGAGUCCCUACACGAGCCAUCCAACAUAGAGUACGCAGUCUUCUCUCUACUGGCAACAUAUCUCCCCGAAACCUCCUCCAUCACUCCAAACCAAGCAGCAGAACAGGUCAAUGCUCUACUCCUUUCUCACCGCUCGGGGCCAAAAGAAGAAAAACAGUCAACAGCCAGUUUUCUAUUUGAAUUCUGGGAGUUAAUGUUCUGCAUCGCUCCACAGUUGGAUUACCAACAUGAGCCAAUGCAGCGCUUCAUUUCUCUCGUUGAAGCGUUGAAAAACUUGCCUGAAACGGUUGUUAUUCAGGAUGUGGGCAUUUACGAUGGCCAACCUGUAUGGCGAGAUGGGCUUUAUUUCGGACCGACGCUGCAUGAGCGGUGGAACCGAAUCCCUGAAAACAGCCCCCGGGAGGAUCUCUACGCCUUCCGCUGGCGAAACAUGAACGGCCUCCUAGCUCACUUCACUAACCACAACCUAUGCACCAAUGACUUCCGUGCCCUUGCUUGCAUAACCAAUGCCCUUGAGGAGUUUGGGAGAAAGAAACCCAAGACCCCGAUAAACCAUCGUGUGCCCGCUGCUGCGAUCUGGUUUGUUCUUUGUCCAUCGGUGAUCUACCUGGCUUGUCAGAGACAGGAAUGUGCGGAUCGCAAGUUUUCUGGCGAACUUUGGAAGGGCGAGCCGCAGCAGGGGUACUCAAUUGCUCGGUGGAACUUCUGGAGGAAGAGGUUUGGAGAGGUGGAAUGUCAUUCAGAUGCUACAAAAGAGACCAAGAAGGCUUGCAGAGCUGCCGUAGAUGGGAUGAAUAGUAGUUUCUUCUCCAACUCUCGUACGUUCUUUCCCCUUCCGGGCAUUUCCAGCCCUCCGCUCAAUUACCGAGGAUAUGCGGAGAAAGGCACCGAAGAGACGGAGAUCCAGUGGUCCAAGUUGAAUACCUUAUUUCAGGCUCAAUUGAAGCGGCAAGUCGUCGCACAGCGCACCGCCCAGUCUCAGGCAGUCGCUUUACCUGCCGCAACGAUCGCUGUCAUCAAGAGCGAGGCCGGGCUCUGCAACACCGACCUUGGAUUUCCGACAGAAAUCGGCAUUUACACAGAACUAUCCAACAAGUCGCCAUGCUGGCGCUCUCUUUUGAUCAACAUGUACUGGAGGAUAUUCCGACAGGCUGCAGUUUGGGAGCUUUUCUGUCGCCUUCUUUGCAAAAAGCUGAUUGACCUCGACUGCCUGACAGUCCCGAUUAAUCUGUUUAAGCAAUCGGAGCAUACAAAUCUUGUGAUGCGCUUCUUUCACUGCUUUCCCUACAUUAGUCAGCUCGCUGUCGAGGGACUUGUGACCAACAUCCCUUGCCAGGGUGGAUCAUGGCUCAUGGAAAUUACGUGGCUCGCAACCGCAAUUUCUCGCCAUGGAGCUCACCUGCCUGACCUCCUCGCCGCGGUAGAAUCAAGCAGUAUCUUUGGCGAAAUCGACAUAGGCCUGUACAACGCGUUCAAAAAGGAAGACAUGCCCAACACUCUGGAAUCUCUCGAACAGAGCGGGAUAAAGAAGGCUUUCCAGAUAAUCGUCAUCCCAAUAUCUUCUCAUUUUGGCUUCCCCAUGGCCUGA